ACCGUGCUGUCACAACGAUGUUGAUACGUAUCAUCGCGGUUUUGCUGGUGGGUAUACGGCGUAUACCUGCGUUCCACGUAGACUACACCACUACGAAUACCGAUUUUAUGCAGAUUUAAAUUGAAAUAAUAAAGAAUGCUUUUAUUCUGAAUAAUCGGGAACGGAAGUGCUUUUCGUUUUUGCUCCUGACGGAUCUCAGACUUAACUGAGAUCCUCUGGAGCAGCAAUUGAAUGAACGGUGCAGAUGAGCUGGAUGUUUGAUUAAACAGCGACACCUGAUCCGGUUCACGCUGGUUUGGACGCAGCGCUGCGGACUGAAGCUACUGUUUCCAUCGGUGCUUUUGUUGGGAGGAUCCGACGGGCCUGGGCCCUGUGGAAACAUCCAGCUGCUGUUCUUCUGUUGCCGUUACAUCGGAAUUAUCUGGAUUACACGCUGAGUGGUAGACGUCGUGUCAUCAUUGUCGGAGUCAGCGAGGUUACAUGUGAUGGCUGCGCUUUGGAGACUUCCUCUCUCUGUGCUUCUUCUGUGCCUGCACACAUUUUGUAGGGCAUCUCCUUCCUGCCCUGUUGGCUGUCGUUGCUACAGCCUCACCGUGGAGUGUGGAUCCACCGGCCUGAGAGACGUCCCCAAACACAUUCCUACAUCCACAAAGACCAUCUUCCUCCAGGACAAUGUGAUUGGUCAGAUCCGUCGACAAGACCUCAUUCUCCUGAGACACCUACACUACCUGUACCUGCAGAACAACACCAUCUCAGCAGUAGAGCCUGGCUCUUUCCAGAACCAGGGACAUUUGCUGGAGCUGGCUAUGAAUGGGAACCGGGUCCACCUGGUGACUGCUGACAUGUUUCAAGGACUGGGACAUCUCCGCAUUCUUUACCUGGCAGGAAAUGACAUCACCUGCCUACUAGACUACACCUUCCGUGGUUUACAGCGCCUGCAGGAGCUCCAUUUGCAGCACAACAAUAUAGAGAUAUUAGCUGACCAAGCUCUAGUUGGUUUGACUUCUCUUGCUCUGCUAGACCUGAGUAGGAACAAUCUUCACACUCUGGGCCCUGCAUCCUUGCGUCCUCUAGUCAGCCUACAGGUGCUGCGCGUUAUAGACAACCCAUGGCGCUGUGACUGUGCUCUCCACUGGCUGAGGAGCUGGAUUGAUGCAGAGGGCCAGAGGCUGCUCAGCUCUGCAGAACGUCGACUGGUGUGCACCCAGCCGCCGCGCCUCUCUCACCUCAGCCUGGUGGAGGUACCUCUCAAUAGCUUGGUGUGUAUUCCUCCACUAUUGCAGCUGGAGCCCAGGAGGCUAGCUGUGCGCCUGGGAGAGAGCCUCAGGGUGUCAUGCCAUGCCUCUGGUUACCCACGACCACAGGUGACCUGGAGAAAGGCGUCCCAGGGUAAAGUGGAGUUUUCUCCCAGAGGCCUAGUUCGAGAGUUGGAUGCAGGAGGAGGUGGAGAGGAAACCUCAGAAGAAAGCAAAGUUAGUCUGCAGAAGACUGAUGGCGAGCACUUUGACCCAGACACUGGCAGUGGCAUGCUGUUUCUCAGUAAUGUGACAGUAGCUCAUGCAGGUUUCUAUGAAUGUGAAGCCUGGAAUGCAGGGGGUGUGGCCAGGGUCACAUUUCAGCUUGCCAUCAACUCAUCAACCUCUUCUUCCUCCAUCUGGGCCUCAUGGUCCCAGGUGUCCUUGCCUUACUCACCAUCCUGGCCCAGGCUGAGGAGCCAUGGUACCGCUACAGGCUCAGAUGUGAGCAGAGAGCCCCUGUAUGCACUUGGCAGCAUGGCCUUCAGCGCUCUGGGAGCAGCCACUCAAACUGCUAUUGCUGUAGGCAUCUCGUUGCUGUCCCUGACUGCUUUGCUGCUGGUCGCCAUGAUCUACAGCCGACAUCACCAAAGAGAAAAGGAAGCUGAUGGAGCUGAGAAGGAGGAGAGCAUCCUGUAUGUUAAUGACUACUCUGAUGGCCCAACCACUUUUGCCCAACUUGAAGAGUAUCGUGAUGAGCGUGGCAAUGAGAUGUAUGUCCUCAACAGAGCAAAGCCUGUAUUGCCUUCUGCUCCUCCUCAUUCAGCCACAGUUUCCACCACAAACAUGGGUUGCCCCGUUCCAUCUGACACCUCAACCCACACCCUCUCCUCUGGGCCUUGCCAGUCCAUAAGUCCCAGUUUAGCCCCAAAGAAAAAUCUUCAACAGCAGCAAGACGGCGACAUACGGACCAUGAGGAGGAUGGCGGGAGAGGGAGGGGAAGCCAAGCCUGUGAUUGCAUCAGAGACAGAAGGGAUGUUUCUUAAUCACACAGGCCUGUUCAUGGAUUCCCAAAUUGCCUAUGAAAUCCACUGUUGAACAAUGGUAGAGUAUCCACUUCAGUGUGUGAAAGAGUGCAAAAGCCUGGUUUAUCUGAAAGUUGGGGUCACUGCGGGAAUGUACCACCUCUGUGGAAGGAUUUACUUUCUACAAGUCAAAUCCACACAUAAAGGCCCUUUUUGGAGGAUAAUUAACUUGCUCGCAAUUGGGUUUGAUAACACCAAGGGAAUUUCCUAUGGACAAACUGUCAUCAUGCCAAACAAAACAUCAGUGAGUGGCCUAUGUGUAAAUUGCCAUUCAAAUUUAACUGGCGUGUGUACUUAGCUGACCGCACCUGAAUUCUCCUGUAUGCAUCAAUAAUGUGAAACGGUUAACUUCCUAAAGAACUUUGAGUGUGGGGUGAGUAUAUUAAACUGUGGAAAUAUGUGGAAUAUUCGAUUUUAUGAGAACUAUUGUUAAUCUCUGGAAAUGUAAACCCUACAAAAAGAUAAAACAUGCUAUCUAUUGAAAAUGCAAGACACAUGUAACUGCAGUCUGUUAUUUCCUAUCCAAUAAUUACGUUUAUCAUUCUGUAAGACAUGGCAUGACGUAUGACGUGUUGUACUUUUGUCCAUCUGGGCACUGGUAUUUUAGCGAGGGUAUAUGUUGUACAGAUAAAAAAUCCCUGUGAGUCCAACUUGUAAUUUGAGCUAUACAAAUCUAAUUGAAUUUUGUUAGAAUAACCUAAUUGCAAUCCAAUUUCCUUGUUAGGAAGUUUCAAAAGUACUUAUAAAGCAUUUAUAAUGCAACACCAUUAUAUGUUGACAAAUGUAUUUUGUCAUUUAAAUGAAUGUCAAAACGACAAUAAUUAUCAUGUUGGCAAAUUAAUGGUUGUUGGAAAAAACUGCAACAAUUAAUACAACAGAGUCUGCUCUUUCAAAUGGAGACACAUGAUGUUCUGGGUCAUCUGAUGAUGAUAUUUGUUCGUCGAUGUUUAUAAUCGUGCGACAAAAAUGAUUUACAUCCGACGUCGGACUACAAGCACUUUUGCCCAGAGAACCCCCCCCCACCCCCUCCCCCAAAGCAUGUUUAUCUUCCAACUAUAUAUAUAUUCCUGCUCCAAAGAUAAGGACCUUUGAGUACACUUGGCCCAUGACUAGUAUGUGUGUCAACUCUUUCUCCUGUUUGGAAACAUUAAAUAUCCUGUUUCGAUGAUUUUACACUGGUGUCGAGUGAGAAUUUCACUCGAUCUUCAGAACUCUUUUUCCUCUCAAGGUUUAGACCUGAAACUGCACAGGGAGUCUGGAACUCUUUUCAAAGCCCUCUGCUCUAGUCCGUUAUAGGAUUGGUCUGGCUGUGAGGCCAUGAGCCGCUUGAGUUGGAGGACGAGAUCCGUUUACUGGCGAAAACGGACCGGUGUGUUUGAACAAAUCAGUAUCGAAUACUAUUAACAAAUCAUGAUAUCAGGAAACUGAUAGUUGCAAUGUUCAUUGACACACUGUCAACCAAUGCUUCUUGAAAGUUUUGACCCCUUUCUUGCAUACAAUUUAAUAUUGAUUAAAAAUCAAAACGCAGAUUGAAGAUCUCCGGUUGCAAAACUGUAGAUGAAUCAUAUCAUGGUAGUUGUCAUUAGUUGAAAACUAGAAAACAAAUACGCUUUGAAUGCCUUCCGUUUUAUACCUUUUCUCAGUCUCCCAAAAAAGUGAUGGAAAAGUACUUAACUUAGUUUAAACAAAUCAGGUUGUAAAACUAUUCACAGUUCAUAUCAGACAGUGACAGAUUCAUGUCAAAUUCUUUUUGAAAGUUUUAGACCCGUUCUCAUCCCGGAUAUACUAAUAGUGAUGAAAAAUAAACACGUAGUUUCAAGAAAUAGUCGAAGUAUUGAUACAAAGUAUCAGUAAGUGUGUUCAAUACUUUUUCCCUGUGUCAUUUCACAUUAUUACACAUAACUUGAUCUUGAACUUCUUUGUUAUAGUCUUUGUAUGUAUUGGAUUGUUACCAACAUCUGGUGAACAUUUCAUGUCAAUAGCUCCUUUGGAAAUAUAUUUACUGAGAAAAAUGGUGAUGUGUUCAAUUCUUAUUUCACCUGUUGUAUGUAAGCUUUUUACCUUGAAGAAAGUAAUAAAACAUUGUCAAAUA